AUGGACAUCGAGGCCCUUCGAUACAAGCUGGCGCAGCUGCGCAAGGACACCAGGAACAUGAAGGGCAUGGAGUCCUCCAUCAAGUGGGAGAUGGCCAGAGAGGAGGAGAGGGUGAAGAACAAGGAAGCCAAGCAGGACAACCUCGCGUACAUGAAGGCCCGCCAGGAGCUCGAGCAAGGUCUCCUUGAGAACGCGCAGCACGCGCUGGACGUCAGCGUGCAGCAGGAGCUCGCCGACCGCAAGGACUACCAGGAGUUCAAGCGUGCAGUCCGUCACCAGGAAAUCAAGGAUGAGAAGCAGCGCAUCACCACGGACUACCUCGAGCAAAAGGACUACUCCGAGUGGCAAGCGCAGAACAAGCGCGCCCAGCAGGCGGAACAGAUCAAGAAUGACAUCGAGGCCCACCUCGAAACGCGCAACUUCAUCGCGGAGUUCCGCGCGGAGGCGAAACAGCGUCAAGAUGUGGAGGAGCUUGAGGAUCGGCUGGAGGCGGAACACGAACAUCUGACUCUGGCGUACACCAAGGUGGUUCGCGAGCGUGAAGAGGCCAUCGACGCCUUGGAGUGCGGGGCCUGGCUAAGCUUGCUUGAAGGUUCAUGGGACGGAUGCGUUAUCGAGGAGAUGAGAUAUUUGAUGGUUGAGGGGCCUGCAAAAAAUGCAUAG